AUGAGUGACAGGAGGCGAUCUGCAGCCGCGCUUAGUUCAAGAGCGCACGCCUUUUCAGUAGAAGCCUUGAUCGGGACAAACAAGAAGCGGAAGCUCCGAGGCUGGGAGGAGAAGGAGCUGGAGCUCUCAAUGGAGAGUCUCGCAACCAACGGACAGUUAGGAGACGGCGAGGACCCGGCUCAUUGUUUGGAUAUCGAUCCCGAUUCGGAAGCCAGUCCCGGUUCUGACGGCGAAGGCCUGGCGGAUAGGACGUCGUGUUCGUUCGGCUCCCCCGCAGACCUGGCCCCCGCUUCCUGCGACCCUUCGCCCUCGGCCUCCAUGGAGGAGAUCCAGGUGGAGUUGCAGUGUGCAGACCUAUGGAAGCGCUUCCACGACAUCGGCACGGAAAUGAUUAUCACCAAAGCGGGAAGGAGAAUGUUUCCAGCCAUGCGAGUGAAAAUCGUCGGACUGGACCCCCAUCAGCAGUAUUAUAUAGCCAUGGACAUAGUGCCAGUGGAUAACAAGAGAUACAGGUACGUGUAUCACAGCUCCAAGUGGAUGGUGGCAGGGAACGCCGACUCCCCGGUGCCUCCGCGGGUUUACAUUCACCCAGAUUCGCUGGCCUCGGGAGACACCUGGAUGAGGCAGGUGGUCAGCUUCGACAAGCUAAAGCUCACCAACAACGAGCUGGACGACCAGGGCCACAUCAUCCUUCACUCCAUGCAUAAGUACCAGCCUCGAGUCCAUGUGAUCCGGAAAGACUUUAGCAGCGAACUGUCUCCCACAAAACCAAUUCCCAGCGGUGAGGGAGUGAAGACUUUCAGCUUUCCCGAGACUGUAUUCACCACCGUCACUGCCUACCAGAACCAACAGAUCACCCGACUAAAAAUUGACCGCAACCCAUUCGCCAAAGGAUUUCGGGACUCGGGGAGAAACAGGACUGGUCUGGAGGCAAUCAUGGAAACGUAUGCAUUUUGGAGACCGCCAGUAAGGACGCUAACAUUUGAGGACUUCACCAACAUGCAGAAACAGCAAGGUGGAAGCACUGGGACCUCUCCCACCACCUCCAGUACUGGUACCCCAUCUCCCUCUGGUGCAGCACAUCUCCUCUCUCCCUCCUGCUCUCCUCCCACCUUCCACCUGGCCCCCAACACCUUCAACGUGGGCUGCAGAGAGAGUCAGCUGUGCAACCUGGGCUUGUCUGAGUACCCAGCCUGCGCCCGAAGCAACAUGGCUGCCCUGCAGGGCUACGGAGGAUUGGCCGACGGCUCCUACAGCCGCCUCCAGACGGCAGGAGGUACCGUGUCCUCCGCCCAGACCACGGAAUCCUUCCUCCCCCAGAGGACUUCCUCUCUAAUCGCCGCGGGGAUGCAGGGUGGUUCCCAUGCCUCGUUAACAGCCAGCGGGGGUGGUGGAGGCAGCGGCGGGAGCAAGAUGGAUGCGUACGGAGGUCAGCUGGCCUCCUUCCCCGCUUCUCAGCUACAGUAUGUAAUGCAGGCGGGAGCGGGCUCCACCUCUGGCCCCUCCUCUUCACCUGGAACCUCCCCUUCCUCCGCCCACAUGUUCACGGGGAGCCAUCAUCACGUGCAACAAAGCUCUUACAAUGCAUUCUCCCUGCACAACCCCUACAACCUGUAUGGAUACAACUUCCCUGCCUCGCCUCGUCUGGCGGCCAGCCCAGAGAAGUCCCAGAGCGGCCUGCUGUGCUCUUCCUCCCCUGCUGGGCCCUUUGCCGAGCGUCAGUACCUGUCCAACGGUGGCAUGGACAGUAUGCAUAUGAUCAGCAAUCCUGCCGGCAGUCAGCAGGGGGCAGUGGCUUGCGACGGGCGUCAGUAUGGCUCCUCCUCCCAAAUGUCCAUGCACAUGGUUUAA